AGGCGCAGUCCCUAGUAAUGGUUGCUCAAAUCUUAGGGGCCUGUGGGUGACCCCAUUACGUGCCCCAUCAGAGGCUCUCUAAAGGUAACAAUGAUCGUUGUCAUAAGAAAUAAUUGUGUUGUGUUUAGUGUGUGUGUCACGUGGGCCCAGCCGCUUUUAGUAGUUAUGGCUCAGUGGAGCCUCCAUGUUCAGUAGCAGCAUACCUCAGAACACCAGAUUGUGGGGAGCCAGAGGAGGGCUGUACGUUGCCUUCCUGCCCUGCUCAUGGUUUCCCGAAUGGCCUCUGGGGAGCUGGACUAGAUGGAUUAUUAUUUUUUGUAGAAUCAUAGACUUGUGGAGCUGGAAGGAACCCCUGGGGGUCCUCUAGUCCAGCCCCCAGCAAUGCAGGAAUCUCAACUAAAGCAUCCCUGACAGAUGGCCAUCCAGCCUCUGUUUAAAAACCUCCAAGGAAGGAGAGUCCACAACCUUCCGAGGGAGUUCGUUCCACUGUCUCAACAGCUCACGUUUUUGGUUUAAAGUCAAAAUCUCAAUUCAUGCUAUUUGAAUCCGUUAGUUCCUGUCCUGCUAACUCAGAAAACAAGCUUGCUUUAUCUAUAGAUGUUUGAAGAUAACUGUCUUGUCACCGCUCCCUCUUUUCUUUCGUAGGCUGGAUCUGCAGACCUCUAGUCUUAAAUCCUUACGACUGAUUUUCCUUUUUUAAAAAAGAAAUAUUUAAUAUUUUAUUAAGCUUAAGAAUAGACAAUACAGUACAUUACAUACAAUACAUACAUUAUGUAUACAUAUCCAACGUGAAUACACCCAAGUGUUUGACUUCCAACUAUUCUCAUUCUGCUAUUUUACAUUUCGGUGGUCUAUACGCAUUUCAUUUUUAUUAUUUAGGUUUCCACUUUUUUUCUCUAUACAAAUCUUUACUAGAAAAUAGAUUUAUUCUAUAUCUGUCAGGAGAUUUGUCUUGCCCGUGUAGUUUUUAAGAUCUUCAUUGAAAACGACUGAUUUUCCAAUAUUGCAUCGCAUCUAAGAAUCGUGCUCUGCAUAACGUGAACUCUGCUGUAGAGGUUAUGCUCCUCUGUGCAAAUCUUGUUGCGCUAAUGAUCUAGAGAGGAUUGAAAUAAUGAGCUGUAGAUUAUGGGAUUGGUCAGGCAUCUGUAUAUAUUUCUUCCCCAGGAGGGGGCUGGUUUCCUAGGCUCUGAGCUCCGGGGAAUUUCUGGUGACAGCCGACGCUCUGCAUUUCCCCCCCCAAAUGUGCAAAGAUUUCACUAGGCUUCGCUCUCUUUGCAUGCUGUUUUAGGAAGUUCCUGGCAUUUGCAGGGGGCUGUGCUAGAUGACAUCUUGAGGUCCCUUUGGACACUAGAAUUCUAUGGUUGUUCGAUUCAGAGAGGUAGACUUCCAGAGAAGUUUCGAUCUGUUUUAUUAUUUUUCCCGUUGCUGGGAAACUCAUAGGAAACGGUGACUCGGUUGGAUAGUUGUGUGAUUGACACUGUUGUAGGUCCGCUGUAUUCAGUUUGGGCUUAACACUAGGAUGAAAUAUUUAUUGGAUUGGAGGCCUCAAUAUGUUUCCUAUUCUAUGCUUUGAUUGUGUGUGUGUGUGUGUGUGUGUAUUUCAAUGGAAAUUGUAGUUUGUAAACCUGUUUUUAAUUUACAAAAUCAUUGAUAUUUUUAAAGUUCGCAGUACUGUACUUCUGCAAUACACUGACUAAACUUCCAACAAAAAAACUUUACAAUAAUCUGAGAACAUCACAUGUCAUUAUACUGGCUGAGCCAACACAUAACAGCGACCCGUUUUUCCAUAAAUGUAGUUGGUUGUUUUGCUUCCUCAGGAGUCUUCUGUGUUAAAUUAACUUGACCAUUUUCACUGUGCUCCAGAUUAAGUGCACUCGGGGGGGGGAGUGUAUGAAGCUUUCCCAAUUUUUGCAACUAAUAUUUUUGCUCUCUGUUUAAAUAUCCAAGCAGGAAUAUCUUAGGCUGCAUUGGCACAUGGGCUCCUAAUUUUGGAAAUAGGAGUCGUCCCCCCCCCCCAAAACGGUAUAUGGAGAUGCUCCACAUCUCCAGCAAUUAUUCAUCUUGGUUUUCAAUUUGCUGUACAAAAUCAACAACAAACAAACCAGAUAGAAAGCGAGAUGAGGGGGUGGUUGGCCCCAAACACAGGAGGAUUUGCUUACGCUCUUUUUGAAAAUCUGCAUGCUUGGGAUCUCUGGGUGCCGAUUAGGCGGGAGGAAAUCCUGAAUAUGUACUCCUGGCUUUGUGCAGAUUUAGGAAAGGGUCAUUGCCUAGUGGUUAGAGCACAUCUUUUGCGUGUGGAAGUUGCAGCUUGCAUCCCCAGUGGCAUCUGCAGGAAGGGCUGCUUCCUGUCCCCUGGCUGAAACCCUGGAGAGCUGCUGCCAGUCUGUGCAGACAAUACUGAGCUAGAUGCAGUGAUAGUCUGAUAAGCUAGCUUUCUAUGUUCUGGUUUAAGUCAGAACCAUGAGGACUAGGAUCUUGAUUCUGUUUAGUGGAAGGACAACAGUUCAGUGGCAGAUCUCCAGGUUCGAUAUCCAGGUGAGGCUGGCAAAAGCACCUGUCAAAGCCUGGAGGGCCACUGCCGGUCAGGGCAAGCAUUGCUGCGCUUGACGGAGCAAUGGCUUUACUGCUUGCAAGGCUGCUUCCUGUGCCCUUGUUUAAACCAGUCAUUUUUGUCCGUAACCACGAGGACUGGAGUCUCACUUUAUUCCUGUCUCAGAAGGGCCGUAGCCCCGUGGUGGAACAUCUGCUUUGUGUGCAGAAGGUCCCAGGUUCAGUCUAUCACAAGUUAGGCCUGGGAAAUGGUCCUGCCUGGGCAUAAAGCAGAUUCCUAGUUUCCUAAAAAGCCAAAGGACUCUCAUUAAAAUAAGUAAAUCAUGUGGAGCUGAAGUCAUGAGUCUGUAGCUGGGGAAGGGUCAGAGAGGCCUCACAUUCCUGGGGCUCUCGCUUUCCCAGCGAUUCCGAAUCCACGGUGGUCACUUGACCAGGUACAUCAGUGGGUGGAUGGGUGGAGGUUCAUGGGAGCCCCCCCCCUUUCCCCUCUCUGUUUGUUGGGCCCAGGGAGUGAAUGCCAACCUCUGACGGGCACCUGACUCACCUCCUCCUCCUCCCUCCCUCCGCUGAUACAGAGCUGGCGCCUGUCCAGCGAUUGUUGGACGGAAACUGGCAGCCGCGUUCUGCUUGGAUUGCUUGCCGUGUUCCAAACCCUGUUGGUGCCGAGUCCGUGGCCACGUCGGCUGCGUUUGCAGGAAAGCAAAGGCCUCCUCCGUGUCAGAUCUCCGCCGUUGCUGUUCCUUCUUUUCAAAAGCUGAUUGGAAAGGAUCCUUUCAAGGCCCCAGACCCUCAGAGGAUGGACCACCACGUGAACGGCACCCUAGCCGAGAAGCCGGGCCCCAUGGACUACGGGGUCCAGAUCCGCUUCAUCAACGACUUGAAGGAGCCCAGCAAGUCGCAGAAGAUCCGCCCCAAGCCCUCUAAGCCGGGCUCCUACGGGGUGGCGGUCCGGGUGCAGGGCAUUGACGGGCAGCCCUUCGUGGUCCUCAACAGCGGCGAGAAAGGGGGAGACUCAUUUGGGGUGCAGAUCAAAGGCGAGAGCAAGUACGGCCCCCCCGCCCGCAGCCCCCAGCGGGAGGACUCCUUCCCUGCUUCCCCCGGGGCUGCUUCUUCCUCCAAAGAUGCCUCGGGCUCCUUCAGCUCCGAUUCCGACCUGCCAGAGAACCCGUACGGGGCCAGGAAGUCCCGGCACGCCUCCCGGUACAGCACUUCGGACGAGGAGCCCGGCCCGAGGCAGACCCCAAAAGCAGGCGGCUUAGAGCGGGGGCCCGCCCCACAGCACCGCAGUGGCGGCUACCGGACACUGCCAUACAAAAAAUUGUUUGGGGAGCAGCUGCGGCGGACUCAGUCGCACGGCUCCUUGCUUGACCCCGAGCUGGACGAGCCUCCCGAGCCCAGCGCCCCUGGGGCCAGCCCCCCUGACACCCCCCAGCCCCUGCUUCCGGGGGGCGCUGUGAGGAGCACUAGCAUGAUGAACCUGGCUGGUCGCCGGCAGCCCAGCCCCAGGGAGGACACUGGAGGCAGCCUCUCUGGCUUGAGGCCCGUACGCAAACCGGCGGUGGCGAACUCUCCUGAGCCCGCCACUCCUGCCACCGCCGGCGACAUCGACACCAAGCCUCUGUCCUCGGUGGACUCUCUGAUCCACAAGUUUGACGCAAAGGCUCAGCAGCGGGGGCGGCCGUCCCGCAGGAGCCGGCUCUCUCUGGAUGAGCGGAAGCGCUCGCAGAGCCUCGACGGGAGGGUGCCUUACUAUGACACGGCCGACAGCCGGGAGCCGGGUGCUGGGGAGCACCAGGCAGGUUCCGGAGGAGGGGCAGGGGUCUUGACGGCCAGCCCUGAGCCCCUGGGAAGCAGGAGCCUCAGCAGGGCCUCUGGGCGGCCGGUGAAGGAGAACGGGCUGGACAAAUCGAAGCUGACCCGGGAAUGGGUCAACAAGAGCCUGGAGGAGCCAGCCUUGGAGAAGCAGGCGAGGAAAUCACAGCCAGACCUGCAGCUGAAGUCCACCCCAGACCUCCUGAAGGACCAGCAAGAGGUAUCUCAGCCCGGAAGCAGUGACCACACCAAGGAGCUCAUCUACAGUAUUCUGAAGGAUGGAAACACAGAAAGCGACGCUGUGGUGAAGAGAAAGACCAACCUCGUCUUCGAGAAGGUCCAAGCGCUAUCCGCUGCCCCUGCGGCGCAGUCAACAGCCUCCCUCCCCCCGGCGGGCGAACUGACGCAGAAGGUGGAGGAGCUGCAGCGGAAGUUGGACGAGGAGACCAAGCUUCGUCAGAGGUUGGAGCUGUUGCAAAACGGCCACAGGAAUGGCACCCCCCACGACCUGGAGGUCCAGCUGGAGGAGUUGGAAGAGGAGUGCCACCGACUGCGGGUGGCCUUUGAGAAGAAAAGCCAGGAACUCCAGGGCAGCGUCCAAGAGCUGAAGGACGUGAAAGCAAUCAAGGAAGAGACGGAAGCCAAGCUGGCCGACUUGGAAGACCAGCUGAUGGAGAUGCAGGACGAGCUGGACCGCUUCCGGGAGCCGAUGGGAGAUUCUCCAGACAGGGAUGCUUUGCUGAAAGAGCUGCUGGAGACCAGAGAGGAGCUGGAGGAGGUCCUGAGGGCACGGCAGAAGCUGGAGGACCACCUGCGCCAGCGGGAGAGGGAGCUGACGGCCCUGAAGGGGGCCCUGAAGGAAGAGGUGGCCAGUCACGACCGGGAGCUGGACCGGGUGCGGCAGGAGUACCAGCAUGACAUGGAGCAGCUCCGACGCAACAUGGAGGACGUGUCGCAGGAUCAGGCCAGCCUGGAGUCGGAGAGGCAGAAGAUCAACACCGUGGUGAGGAAUCUGCAGAGGGAGCUGCAGGAGAGUGGCGAGGAGGCCUCCCACUGGAAGGAGAUGUUCCAGAAGAACAAGGACGAGCUGCGAAGCACCAAGCAGGAGCUGUUGCAGGUGAAGGUGGAACGCGAGGACUUCGAGGAGGAGCUGAAGGAGCUGAGGGAGCGUUUCGUGGCCGUGCGGCAGGAAGCGGAUCAGGCCCGGAACGGCGCUGGGGAUUCUGGAGAGGCCAGCGCCCUGAGGAAGGAGCUGCGUGAGGUCCGGGAUCAGCUGAGGGACUUGACGUUGUCCAAGCAGACCCAGGACGACCUCCUCCGCCAGCGGGAGAGGGAGCUGCUGGCAUUGAAAGAGGCUCUGGAGGACGAAGUGGGUGGCCACGACCAGGAAGUGACUGAGCUGAAGCAGCAGUUCCAGCAGAACGUCCAGCAGCUACGGAAGGAUUAUGAAGAGGCCUUCAAGGUAAAGUCCUCAUUGGAAGGUGAGAAGGAGGCAGCCGAGCAGAUGAAGAAGGCCGUGGAGUCCACCCUGAGGGAGACACAGGAGGAGAACGACGACCUCCGGCGGAAGAUUCUUGGCCUCGAGACGCAGCUCAAGGAGUACAGGCACUUUGCAGACAACUGGCAGGGGACAGAGGCCAGGCUGAAGGAGAAGAUUGCAAAACUGGAGUCCGACCGCAAACAGAUGGAGGAGUCUCUGGGGGACGCCACGGACCAGGAACAGGAGCUGCUUCUGGUGAAGCGGUCUCUGGAGAGCCGCCUGGAAGACGCCCAGAGGAGCCUCAACCGCCUCUCUCGGGAGCACCAGGACCUGAGCGCCACCCUCCAUGAGGAGCUGGCGCAGAAGGAGCAGCUCAAGCGGGCCAAGAGCGAGCUGGAGGAGGAGAAGCGCCUGCUGGACAAGAGCAUCGGGAAGCUGACGAAGGAGCUAGAUCAGAUGGCUCAAGAAUCCCACAGCGCCCUGUCCAAGCUGCAGACUCAGCUGGAGGAAUACAAGGAGAAGUCCCGCAAGGAGAUCACGGACUCCCAGAAGCAGGCCAAAGACAGGAACACCGAGGUGGAGAAGAUGCAGUACAACCUGGGGCGGUUGCAGGACGAGGUGAUGCGUCUCAAGCAGGCCCUGCAGGACGCCCAGGCUGAGCGUGAGAACGCCGUCCUGGACAAGGAACUGCUGGCCCAGCGCCUCCACAACUUGGAGCAGGAGAUGGAGUCCAAGCGGAGGUCGCAAGACGAUCGAUCCCGGCAAGUCAAGGCCCUGGAGGACAAAUCGAAACGUCUCGAAGUGGAGCUGGAUGAGGAAAGGAACACGGUGGAGCUCUUGACGGAGAGGAUCAACCGCACGAGAGACCAGAUUGACCAGCUUCGGGCCGAGCUCCUUCAAGAGCGCUCUGUGCGGCAGGACCUGGAGUGCGAUAAGAUCUCGCUGGAAAGACAGAACAAAGACUUGAAAAGCCGCCUCGCGAGCAGCGAAGUCCUCCAGAAGCCCAGCGCCAACGUCUCCCAGCUGGAGUCGCGCAUUCAAGAGCUUCAGGACAAACUCCAGGCUGAAGAGAGGGAGAAGAGCGUCUUGGUGUCCUCGAACCGCAAGCUGGAGCGGAAGGUCAAGGAGCUGACCAUCCAGAUUGAUGACGAGAGGCAGCAUGUUAACGACCAGAAGGACCAGCUAAGCCUGCGGGUGAAGGCGUUGAAGAGGCAAGUGGACGAGGCAGAAGAGGAGAUCGAGCGGCUGGAAGCUGCACGCAAGAAGGCCCUGCGGGAGCUGGAGGAACAACAUGAGACCAAUGAGCAGCUCCAGGGCCGCGUCAAGUCCCUGGAGAAGGACCUCUGGCGCAAGGCAGCCCGGUCCACAGCCGAGUCCCUGAAGGAUGACCACCUGAGCUCUGAUGAGGAGUUUGACAGCGCCUACGGCCCGUCCUCCAUCGCCUCACUUCUGACGGAAGGGAACCUCCAGACCAGCUCCUGUUAGCAUCUUCCGGCCAACCCUUUUGCGGAUCCCGUCGGAAUGCCUGAACUUUUAAAACACUUCGAAACCCGUCUGAAGUGCCGUCCUCGUGUUUGCCGGUCUCUGGCGAAGCAACCGGAAGAUUCCCCUCUCCUCACCGAAAUGUUGUGUGCCUGAAGAUGGAAACAGACCACUUUAUUGAAGUGAAGGAUAUAUUUUAAUGUUUCUUCUUCUUUUUGUUUUUGCUUGCUAUGGGGCAGCAAGAGGCUGAUCAUAAAACGGAAAUGAUGACAGUUAGAACUUUCUCUCUAUCCCUCUUUCUCUUUUUAAAUCCCCCUCGAUCUGGUUCUCAGGGCAACUGGUGAAUGAUUAAGAAAUAGAAUCUUCCAGUUUUUUGUUUGUUUUUUCUAAACCAAAAUUUUAAUUUUCUGCAUAUGUAUGUGUACAUAUAGAUAUAUAUAUAUAUAUAUAUAUAUAUAUAUAGGGGCCCGUGUAUGUAUGUCAAUUUUGCAUGUGUUCCAAAUUUGGAUGUGCAAUAAUGUUUCAUGGAGGGAUCUGGGGAGAUAGUGGAAUGUGUUUUGGGGGGUGGGGACCUGGAGCCCGCCCCCCUUUGCAGUACAUGUAUAUGGGUCUGCAGAAAACAGAUCCUCAGGUGGCCUUAACUACUGAUACUGAUUGCUGUGCCCUUGUCCUUCCCGGUGAGUCUUCAAGAGCAGACACUUGGGAUGGGAAGACAUGAUUUGUGACUUACCCGCUGGGCAGCUAUCUCAGCUCAUAGAUUUUUCUCGCCACCGAGACCCUUGAAGCCGAUCCCUGCUUCUCCUUUGGAUAUCUGCCCUCCUCCCCUUUCUGGAAUUUUCCGUUCACGUCCUCGGACAACUCUCUCCUAAAUGCGUCCCCUGAAACCGUCUCGCCCAGGAAGUGAAGAUGAAUCUUUCGGCAACGGGAUUCUGAAGCGCCGUUCUCCUGACCGGGGCGUUUGGAAUUUGCCUGGGAUGGCCCAAGGAUGGCAACACGAGCGACGGCCUUGACGCAGAAAUUGAGCAAGCAGCCAUUGACACGUGGAUGGUGAGACGCUGAGUGGAAACUCCCCAGCCUAAAAAGAGACCUCAGCACGAGGUCAAAAGGACUUGCCUCCAUUUUAAGCUUGUUGCUGACUGGAGCAGCAUAAAUUAGAACCAGGUUGUGUUACCACCAUCCCAGGUAACAAGCUGCCACCAGAGGAGUCCAUUUUGCAGAACUGGAGCUCUGUUCCGAACCGUUCCCAAAAUGUCGGUUCUUGCAUUUUGCAGGGAGAGAAGAUCUGGCUGGGGCCAUCAAGCGAUGGUAGCCAACUUGGCGUCCUUCAGACAGCUCUUUGUCACCUCUGAACCCUUGACCAUCCCGCCUGGGCUGAUGGGAGUUGUAGGCCAAUAACAUCUGGAGGGAACCGCAUUCUCAGUUUCCAUCAGCGGGGCACUAUUCCUUGGCUUCCUCUUCAAGGCGUUUUGGGUUCUGCGUUGGGAACGAGGCCAAGACUAAGGAACCCCCCACCUUCCAAGGAUGGUGAACCUCUGAAUGAUGUUGUUGGACUCCAGGACCGACCCUGCCAGAAUUUCCUUGUGUUCUCUGCUGGAUGGUGGCCGUGUCAGACGACCUUCUUGGCUGCUGAUGUGUGCAUGAAACCUCAGCAUGGAAAUUUUAAAGAGAAAAAAAUCUCCAUGGUCUUCUGAAUGAGGGGUGGGAAGCCAGGUGUUCCUGGACUUCCCAUCAGCCCCAGAUGACGGAAGUCGGGAGUCCAGCGAGAUCUGGAGAAACCACGAAUUCCUGUUCCCUAUUUGUAUAUAAACUAUGUCCCAUCGUGGCUGUGGGGUUUUUCGCUCCUGAUUCCUAAAGCAACAGCAAAGCCAGACUCUGGUCUCACAACCCUAUUGGGACGGCCAGUUCUGAAGAUACUCUUCUCGGAUCCAUGCUGAGAGUUUCCUCUGUCGGGGGACGGAAGAGCAGCAAUAGCUCUCUUUUCUGAUUGCCGUUUGGAGCCCUCGCUUGGCUACGAUGCUACCAAACAGCUGAGGAUACAGUAUUUCCCCUGCUGCAAUCACUGGCUCUGUUGGAGGCACCACACGUAAUCCUUCGCGUACGAUUGUUUGCGUGUUUGCAAAAGGCACACCCCUCUGCCUGUUUCUUCCUGGGCCAAUUGUUGAGCCAUGUCUUCAAUUGGGGCAUGACGAAGGAGGAACUUGAGCCCCAAGCUCCAUGGAAGAACGCCUCCAUGACAAUCUGGGGUUUUGUGGACUUCUCCUUGGGAAACCUCUGCUUCGCACAAGACUGGGCGUCAGAGGAUGCAACUGUGUCGCUCAUCAGAAUAUUGGCUGCAUUAUCAAACCUUAGUAAGGGCUGCUUUUUCCACCCUGUCCCCUUAACACAGAGGGUGGGGAACCUCUGACCCACAGGCCAGAUGUAGAUGUGGCCUGGCGUGGAUCUCAGUUUAGCCUCUGAGGCUGUUUCCUCCCCAAACCCACAGCCACCUGUGACAUCAGGUGUGGGGUAUGCAGAUGCGGCGAGGUCGGCUGCGCAGCAAUGUUCCCUGUAGGUGGAACUUGAUGGCACGGCCUAGAUUGGGGAGGGGGGGAGGCUCAUUUGCCACACUUCAGCCGAUGGGUGAUGAGUCCAACCCAUGCCGGAUUGGCUGCACAGGCACAUUCCCCAUGAGGCAAGGGGAACAGGACUGCGCAGCUGCUUCCUGCAGAAAGCGCUUUUGCCAGACCUGUGCUUGAGAAAGGCCAGGUUUAGAUAUCACAAAGGGCUUUGCGCUCCCCAAACUCAGUCAGGCGCCUGGGAAGCACUGCACAAGGAGCUUUGGUGGGUGGGUGGGACUGCCCACCUGUCAAAGCCCGACAUCAGGUGGAUUGGCAGGAGCAUUGCCCCGCCCCCAUGUUGGAGCUGGUCUGCUGGGCCAAAAGGAUUCCCUACGCCCACUUUAACAGUACCCAGGUGCCCCAAUUUAACCUCUCCAGGCCUUGCACGAAGUGCCUUAUCAUGGGUGUCUCCCAGGAGAAGGGAGCACUCUUAAUGUACGUGUUUCACGCGGGAACCGACUGGGUGUGCCAUGCUUGGAGUCGCACCAUCAAAGGCAUGAUGCGCACCUCUGCCUUUUAUACUUCUGCAAACACAUGGGCCAGCUUCGACGUCUUGCUAGGUCCCAUCUUUGCUUGCCGUGUGGCUCCCCCUCUCAAAAGCGGGCGCUGUGCGGUCAUUGUCACAAUGGCGCUAAAACAGGAAUUCCAACACGACUUUAAAGUGCUGGUUCCUGGCUGGCUGCCCUGUUUUGCACUGAAAUGAGCCCUGCUUAAAGGGCUGUGCAUUUUCUGGGGAGGGGAAAUUACACCUUCAGCAGAAAAAAAAAUGAGGCAAGAUUGUUUCCACCACCACCACCCCUGGCUGGCACCACCUUGUCCACAACUAUUUUGGCAGUUUCCGGAGGCUCAUCCUUUCUGCCAGCACAAGUCUUCCAAAUACACCGUGGCUCAGAGGGGGGAAGAUCUUAGCUUCUUUGCUUCAGUAGUUGCAGGAACGUCCAAGAGGUUUUACUGGGUGUGUUGCCGAAAACAUACAAGGCAUCUAGUCCUCAUGAAACACAGCUGCAUUGCAGCAAGCAUCAAAAGCAGAGCGGCCAUCUUAUUUGUGGAAGAUUGUUUCCCUUUCCACCUCUACUGCUCGACCAAUAUCUCGGCUGCUGGUUUCCCUGUAUAUUUUUCCUGCUCAUUCCUCCCUCCACCUGCCCCCAAAUGCAGCAAGACAUCAACUUUGCCAGAACAUUGACGGGUAUGACAAGCUCGACCUGAUCCGACGGUAUUCAGGGCAGUCAGUGCAGCUGGUGGGUCUUGGAGAAAGGCCACUGAGCCGUUGUGUCCAUGUUUUCUACUUCCUGUUUGACUUAUAACAUGUUUUUGAGCUACAGAUUCCACUCCCAGCUGGUGGGUUUUUCUGUUUUUUGUUUUGGAAGUGUUCUCAUGCAAAUGUCUUCAAACCAAUGUUUCCGCAAAUCUUUCUCUCAGGAGAGCUUCUGUUUAUAUUUUGUUGACACCGUCCAUGUCUUUGAGCUACAGUCAAGGCAAAUCGGGGUGGGAAUAAUGUAUUGUUUGCUCUUCACAACCCUCAACAUGGCUUCAGACUGUGGAAGUCGUUGGGCGCCAGGAAUUUGGUGGAAUGAGUUCAUCUCCAAUGUCCACUGGCAGCUGGAGCAACGCACAGCCUUGAAAUCGGCCUCCUGUGUUGUCAGAUUUAGCCAUUACAUUGCAGAUCGGGUGUGGAGACAGUUUGCCCCUCCACAUGUUGCUGAAGUACAAUUCACACCAUCCCAGGCCAUCCUCACUAAGACUAACAAGAGUUCAGGAGCAUCUGACGGGCCAAAGUUGUGGCAGAUCUUUGAAAUGGCAUUUGGCCGAGAUGGGGGAAAAACUCCUCUGCCUUGUUUUCAUUCCUUUUAUCCAGCUUCUGGGCUCAGAUGAGUUUCCCGCUUUGCCUCUCCCUCUCUUGAAGGUUGCAUGAUGUGAUUCCGACCGGUAAUCGUCUUGUGAAGGGGUUCGCAGGACGCUGGCCACCCUGCUGCGAUUUACGGAGACCAAAAAUAGGAGCAGGGGUCUCGAAGGCCGUUGCAUCUUCAGGCCUCAAGCCGCAAUAACAAAAUAAACCGCCCGGUUCUACUGCAGCCUUCUGGGUACAUGAAAUCCCAAUCCAGCUCAUUUGUUUAGAGAUCAAGCUUUUGGUAGCAGGCACCGCUGCAUCCGUCAGGGCAAGACGGACGGCAUUUUGUUGGAGCCUGGUCCUCGAAAGUGGAUGUCUUGAAAACGCUACCUUGUUUGGGAUGCCUGCCCUAUUCAGUUUCCCUGGGGCAAAACUUGAGGGUGAGGUUUUUAUACCUAGGCCUUUGGACCUGUAAUUCUUUCUCUCUCUCUCUCGUUCUUUUUUAAAACAGUAAUGCAAUAAUUUAGAAGCGUGUAUAUUUGGGGGAGGGAGAAAAACCUGAUCAAAGAGGAUUGUUUCGUAACGAGGGUUCCCUCGUCCCCAGCACAGUGGAUUUGUACAGUUUUAAAUGGCUGCUAUAAUAUACGAUCUGGGUUGGUUUUUAUUAUUUGUAAUUUUUGAUUUCCCUCCAGAUUUAUUUUCCUUUAAUAAAGAACAAGAAAAAAAACCC